GAUUAUGUGUGUGUGCAUGGGAUUAUUGACGAGGACAGUGGAAAUGACUUCAGGCUCUGCCUCCAUCGAUGCGUUUUUACAUUUUAAACCUGUGCUUUCACCUCACAACAAUAUUCUACAUCGAUAGUUCUGUUGGAAUCCAGAGCGGCCACGGUUUCACAACUGCGCCCUUCUCUUGUCCACUCAGGUAGAAUUGGAUUUGAGCACAACCUCAUCCCUCAACUUCAAGAAGAAUGGCUGUCGAACUCGUCAAAAUCGGCAUUUCAUUGAAAAUGCUACCAAAUAACAGUGCCGUGUACUUCAAAUCGGACGGAGCGAGAUUUGGCCAAACCAGGACGAUUAAAUUGUUAACGGGGUCAAAGUACAAGAUUGAAGUGGUUGUCAAACCUGGGGCUGUGGAGGCAACCACCAUGAGUGUAGGUGGAGUCACCUUCCCCUUGGAGCAGCAGUCUAGAGACCCCCAGUCCGUAGUCUACACUGGCAUCUACGACACAGAGGGAGUGACGCACACCAAGAGCGGAGACAGACAAGCUGUACAGAUCAGCAUGCAGUUCCCAGAGGUGGGCUCUUUUGAGGUGGUGUGGCAGGUGAAGUACUACAACUAUAACAAGAGGGACCACUGCCAGGGGGGAAACAGUUUCAACAGCAUCGAGUACGAGUGCAAGCCCAACGAUACGCGCAGCCUGAUGUGGGUCAACAAGGAGCUGUUUGUCUGACGGACCGACCAACCAACACAGGCAGCAUCAGGGUUGUGUUCAUUAGACAUCAAACAGAAGAAAACAGUGAAACUGGGAGGUGCUAACCUGAAAUUAGCCAACAGAAAUGCCUGUUUUUUUUUUAUUUCCGUUGGCAAAAUGUUUUCCCACGGUGUGCCCUAAUGAACACGACCCAGAUGAACAUGAGAGAUGACGUUCAGCUUCCGGAUAGUGAUAGACGGUGUGUACCAGAUCCAGCCAGCAUGGAACCCCUCAUAGCGUAACAAUGCUGUUGUUAAAUAACUAAAGAUGUAUAAUUUGCUGUAUGUUGGUGUGUGUUUAUAGCUAUGCAGAUUUAUGUUAGGUGUGUGUGUGUGUGUGUGUGUGGUGUGUGUGUGUGUGUGUGUGUGUGGUGUGUGUGUGUGUGU